GCGUUGGCAAACUUAAUUGUCUUUCUCUAUCUUAAUUUGAAAUGCAUUAUUAUCCAACAAUAAGAUAACAAAAGUAGUAAAUUUAGUAGCAUCGUGGGAUUAAGAUUUAGGAGAAAAAAUCAAGAACUAUUAUUGGCAAUCUAAAUACCAGGAACCCCACCUCAUCCUAUAAAAGCUCACUGCCUCUGUUCCUCUAAGCCUUCCAAACUCUUUAAUCUCUCUUCUUUCUUGAAUCAAACUAAAUUCCUUUGUUCAGAGACAAAGAACAACAACAACAACUGUAACCAUGCUUGUCUACCAAGAUCUUCUUACAGGUGACGAGCUUCUCUCUGACUCAUUCCCGUACAAGGAAACUGAGAAUGGAAUGCUGUGGGAAGUGGAAGGAAAGUGGGUUGUUCAAGGAGCAGUCAAUGUAGAUAUUGGUGCUAACCCUUCUGCAGAAGGUGGGGAUGAGGACGAGGGAGUUGAUGAUCAAGCUGUCAAAGUAGUUGAUAUUGUUGACACUUUUAGGCUUCAGGAACAACCACCCUUUGAUAAGAAACAAUUUAUUACUUAUAUGAAGAGAUAUAUUAAGUUGCUGACGGCCAAAUUAGAGGGUGAGCAGCAAGAGUUGUUCAAGAAGCACAUCGAGGGAGCAACUAAGUCCCUCCUAUCAAAGCUCAAAGACCUCCAAUUUUUUGUGGGGGAGAGUAUGCACGAUGAUGGAAGCCUUGUCUUUGCUUACUACAAGGAAGGUGCUACUGAUCCAACUUUUAUCUACUUUGCCUAUGGAUUGAAGGAAAUCAAGUGCUGAGCACAUGCAAUGCAUGCCCCUUAGUUAUCUUUUAUCUGAGUUGAAAAACUGUCUUUAAUUUUAGUUCUUGUGUUUUGGGUUUUGGUUAUGUUAUUAGGACUUAGGAGGUUGUUUCAAGAGUUUAAUUUGUAUGCGUUUUUAUGUUGGUUGGUAUGAGAGGAACAUGUUAUCGUAUAAUAGUAAUUUAAAAGAGUAUCAUGUGUUUUAGUUA